CUCUGUGAGAAGAGACAUACUAGACCAGAUUGGAUAGAGCAAAACCCUAAACCCCAAAAUCACUUGCGGAGCUCUCUCUCCCUCACAGUUAAGCUCGCAAUCAGAGAGAGAUGGUGUGGUUUCAGUGCGAGGAUUGCGGAGAGGAUCUGAAGAAGCCGAAGCUGCCAAAUCACUUCAGGACUUGCUCCGCUAGCAAGUUUUCGUGUAUUGAUUGCGGGCAAACAUUCGGGCAGCAGAGCGUUCAGAGCCACACGCAGUGCAUUUCCGAAGCGGAGAAAUAUGGUCCUAAGGGCCAAGGGAAAGCUUCAAAUGGUCCAACUGCCAAAGCCAACAAAGGUUCAAAGCAACAAACCGAUAUCGAUAUAAAUGUUGGGUUAUCUGAACGCCCACCAUGGUUCUGUAGUCUCUGUAAUACCAGUGCUACUAGUAAGCAGGCCCUGCUUCUCCAUGCUGAAGGAAAGAAGCACAGGGCAAAAGCCCGAGCUUUCCAUGCUUCGAAACAACCGCCUAAGCAGACAGAAGAAUCCAAUCAAGAUACAAAACUUCCAACUGGAGACACCCAAAAAGAUGAACUGCUUGACAAUGAACAUUCAAAGGAACCGAAAUUGCAAGAUCUACCUAAAGCUGAUACUGAGCAUUACAAUUCAGAAGCAGAUAAAGGAACUUCACCAUCAAAGAAAAAGAGAAAACUUGAUGCAUCUGUGAACGAUAGUUCAAAGAAAAAGACCAAGGAUGAUAUUUCAGGUGACUUAGGCAAUGGGGAAGUAAUUCAUGGCGAAGCAAAGGAAACAAAGAGUCAGUUGAAGAACGAUAAGAUGGCAGAACCUAGAUCAAACAAAGAACAAACCAAGAAGAAAAUAAAGUGGAAGAAGUUGAUCACGUCAGCCUUGAAGUCUAAUCCUGACGGAGUCCUGAAGAUGAGGAGGCUCAGAAAACUUGUUCUCAAGGCUCUACAGGAAUCUGGCAUAACAGAAGAUGAAACCAAACUCAAUGAUACUCUUGAGGACAAGAUCAAUUCAAGCUCCAGAUUCACCAUAGAGAACAAGUUCGUCCGUCUGGUGGGCAAAGCUUGAAACACAUUUUUGAGUUGCAUAGAAAGGAAUUCCUAGCAUCUUUCGGUGUAAUUUCUCCAAUGCAGCCUUUGCAGGCAUUUGCCUAUAUUACAUGUAAUCAAAGACUUAAGCUGGGCUGGUCCUUUAGCUCCUGGCUUCCAUUUCUUGGUCUUGGUUGAGUUUUUGCUGUUAUUUAUAUUUCUUUGUCAUUUAUUCUGCUAGAAAAGUUUACAGAAGAAAUAUUUUGAUCUU